AUGAAAUUUUCCAUCUCCGUUGCUCCUCUGCUGAUUUCCAGCGUGGCUGGAGCUGCUAUCUCAAAUGCAGUUCGCGCGACCGCAACGAACCCAUUCUCUGGGUAUCAGCUCCAUGCCAAUUCAUACUAUGCAUCUGAAGUCUCCUCUUUGGCUUUGCCUUCGAUGACGGGUACUGCAAAAGCUGCUGCAAGCUCAGUUGCAAAUGUCCCAUCUUUCUAUUGGCUAGAUACUGCCGCCAAGGUACCAACUAUGGGCACUAUGUUGGCUGAAAUCAAAGCCAAGAACGCCGCUGGUGCUAGUCCACCCAUCGCAGCCCAGUUUGUGGUGUAUGAUCUUCCAGACCGUGACUGUGCCGCACUGGCCAGCAAUGGCGAGUACUCGAUUGCGGAUGGCGGAGUCGCGAAGUAUAAGGCGUACAUCGAUGAGAUUCGCAAAAUCCUGGUUCAAUACUCGGAUGUUCGAACUAUCUUGGUUAUUGAGCCCGACAGUCUGGCUAAUCUUGUGACCAACAUGGCUGUGUCAAAGUGUGCCAACGCUCAUGACGCAUACUUAGAGGGCACUGACUAUGCAGUGAAGCAGCUGAACCUGGAUAAUGUUGCCAUGUAUCUGGAUGCCGGACACGCGGGUUGGCUUGGGUGGCCAGCCAAUUUGAGCCCAGCAGCCCAGCUUUUCGCAAAUGUCUACAACAAUGCAGGAAAGCCUUCAUCCCUUCGAGGUCUCGCAACAAACGUCGCGAAUUACAAUGGCUGGUCUCUGUCAACCUGCCCAUCAUACACUUCAGGUAACUCGAACUGCGACGAGAAGAGAUAUAUCAAUGCCAUUGGCCCGCUGUUGCAAAAUGCUGGCUGGGACGCACGAUUCAUCACUGACACCGGUCGUAAUGGCGUCCAGCCCACACAGCAAAAUGCUUGGGGCGACUGGUGUAAUGUCAAGGGAACUGGAUUUGGUGUCCGGCCCACCACUAAUACCGGCGACGCUUUGACUGAUGCAUUUGUCUGGGUCAAGCCUGGCGGUGAGAGCGAUGGCACUUCGGAUUCGAGCGCAGCCCGCUACGAUGCCCACUGUGGAUACUCCGAUGCCCUUCAGCCGGCACCAGAAGCUGGUACAUGGUUCCAGGCAUACUUUGCUCAGUUGGUGCAAAAUGCCAACCCCUCGUUUUGA